AUGUCACCACUGUAUGAGACCUUGUACGCACGAAAGAUACGCCUUUUGCAACUUCUUCCGGGGUCACAUACCGAUCCCAUUCGGUGCAAGCUACAAAUCGCGGACCUGUCAAACAAACCCGAGUACGAGGCCCUGUCGUACACGUGGGCCCAAGCAAAUGGAGAUACCGCAAGGUCCCAGCGAGUCUACUUGGGAGACCGGUAUGACAUGCUCGCCAUUACCGUCAACUGCGCCAACGCUCUUCGUCGUUUGCGUUCACCGAAUCGCAGCAGGAUGCUCUGGGUCGACAGUAUCUGCAUAAAUCAAGAGAACAUCGAGGAGAGGUCUCAGCAGGUUGGAAUUAUGCAGUACAUAUACGCCACUGCACUAAGAGUUCUCAUUUAUCUGGGCGAGGACCCAGAGGACCCCAACCCAACCACAUCCAAACCCUGGAUGUUUGAGAAUCACGGCAACAACCUCGAGCUAAGCCAAGACCUGGUCAGCCAGCCUUACUUCACCCGGAUGUGGGUAAUUCAAGAAAUUGCAUCUGCAAGAUUCGCUUGGGUUCUCUACGGCUCGAGGGGGGCUCGGUGGCAAGACAUCAUGAUUUCUCCAGAGGUCGAUUCCACAGACGGUGGUCUACUGAUCAAAGAUGACAACUACAGACAACUGGUCAGUUCGCAUCCAUGGUUGCGGUCUGUAAAUCUGCCACGACACAGAGGUCUGGACGAGCUUUACCAAUUCUUAACCGAAACGAGGGGAUGUCAAGCUUCGGACACAAGAGACAAGGUCUUCGCACUUCUGGGCUUGUUUGUCGGAGCUCGGGAUGCCGGCCUGAUCCCCGACUAUUCUCUUAACAAAGGCCAGGUCCUCGCCGGGGUCACCGCUUCAUGUCUCCUAACCCAUCCACGGGCUUGGGUGCACUGCUUUGCCAUGGUGGACCGUGUUCAAUCACCGGACAUGCCGUCAUGGGCCGUCAACUGGUUAUCGCCCCUCCACCAGGCCCAUUCUGAUCUUGGUACCAUAGAUCAUGCUCGGUGGCGAGAUGAAUCUUCCAGAUCCCCCGACGGGAAAGUCAGGAUGAAAUUCAGCAGAAAGGGUGCUCUUAUCGUGCAAGGUAUUCCCUUUUGCCGUCUCGCCAACUGCCUCCCCUCUGUUCGCCUGGAGCAAGUGAAAGCAGGCCCUUUGGGUGUCAUCCGCGACAUUUUCUACGACCCAGACGCUCACGAUUGCUUGCCAGAACUUCAAGAUGAAAUCAUACAGAAGACGCUGAUACCUAUUCUUUUGUGGCUAUCUGCGAACCGCCUCGGUGCAUCAACACAGACUCUCAGAUAA